AGGCUGGACCGCGUUUUUUCUGGAUUAUUGAUUGGCUUGGUUUUAGUUGUCAAAGAGCAUUGCAAAAGUAAAGACGUUGGAGGAGAACUUCUGAACAAAAUGUUGAAAACAAUAUUUCGCCAGUUUUCAUCUUCGGCAGCGACAAAAACAAAACUGGGUAUUUUGGGUGUACCCUUUAGUAAGGGCCAAAGCAAGGGUGGCGUAGAACAGGCACCCGACUUUCUAAGGCAAAAUGGUUUGGUAUCCAUGCUGCAGGAGUCCUCAAGGGGAAAUUUAGCAAUUACCGAUUAUGGCAACUUAAGCUACGAAUUGAUUGAUGAUCAAAACACACCGCCACACUAUAAAAACAUGAAAAAUUACAAUACAUUUAUGAGCUGCAAUAAAUCCCUGAUUACCAAAAUCCCCGAAAUACUCAAGGAACAAGAUCAGUUCUUGUGUCUGGGCGGUGAUCAUGCCAUUGGUUUUGGUUCAGUGGCAGGCCAUUUAAUGCAUAGUCCAAAUCUAUCCUUGGUCUGGGUAGAUGCCCAUGCCGAUAUUAAUCUGCAUUCCACCAGCAAUUCGGGCAACAUUCACGGUAUGCCAGUAUCAUUUUUGCUAGAAGAAUUAAGAGACUUUUGGAAACAUGCCCAUUUGGAUGAUAUAUCACCAAAUUGGUAAGUUAUUGUUUUUUAUUGUUUUUAUUAAUUAUUUAU